AUGCGUUGUCAUGGAGUGAUUCUUCUGCUAGUAGCGGUGACCGUGUGUGCAGUCAGUGGAAUCUAUGUGGUUGAGAGUGGCGGCAAGAAAUCGUUCGUCCGGCUUGGCGCACAUCACUGGACGGAUGGGUCGGAGGAUGAUGGGUUGUGGUCGAGUCUGCUGGAGGAGUAUACCGUCGGAUUGAAUCACAGUGCCACGACGAGUGCACCGAGGGAAAGUCGGGUAAUGCAAGCGACCGUCGUGGCGGCACCGGCACCAAAGUACAUUCCAACCUCCAGUUUCUACAUCAACAAACGCAUCGGCGAAGCGCUCGAGCUCGACCCCCAACAUCAGCAGCAUCACGCGCAUCGUGUGCCAGCCUCACCACCGGUAGGGAAAGUAAUUGCCAGUACCGGUGCCGGUGGCCUCUACGGUGACAAUCAUCUGAACGGUGCGAAUCAUGGUGCAACAUUUACGCCCAUGCGCCAAACAUUUGGUGGUGCUAGUCCGACCGAACUGUUAGCUUCCCCGCGGGAAGUGUCCGAGACGGAUUUGUACCUUUUGGGUGCGAUCGAGAAGUUGGUUUAUCGGGUAGAUUACAUGGAGAAUCGGUUGCGACGGGCAGAGCAGAUCAUUUAUUUCCUAAUGGCAGGAAACAGCCAGAAACAAGAACCAUGUCCGCAGAAUUUUACGCAAGUUCACGAUCGCUGCUAUCACUUCGAUAUAGAGCGUGGCCUUAACUGGAAGUCUGCUAGUACGAUGUGCAAAUCGUACGGUGCACAUCUGGCAGAGUUUGAAACGGUGGCCGAGUUCCAGGAUGUGGUUGCGUACAUCCUAAACAAUCCGGUCAACCGUGGCAAGGACUUUUGGCUCGGUGGACUGAAUCCGGGGCUGCUAUGGAUUUGGGCAAACUCAGCCAAACCAGUAAAUCCUAACACAAACUUAAGCUCCAUCACAAGCUCUUCGAAACCGGGCAAGGGAACGGCCGGCAGUGCAUCAUCACCAACGAAUGUAACGAAGUUAAGCAAUGGGACAGAUACCUCCGGCGAUACAAAGAUUGUUAACAAUCCAACGAACAAUAAGCAGCCAACGCUGGAAAUUACGGGCAGUGGACGCUGUUUACGGUUGAGCUAUAACGCUGCACUGUACACGUAUGGAUAUCGGGGAGAGGAUUGCUCAGCACAGUUUAGUUACGUGUGCGAGCUGAAGGACAAAUCGUUGGACAAUGAAAUCUCUAGGAUAGCGAAGCAGUUGAAGCUAGCGGAUGAUGUGUCUUAGG